AUGGCAUCACUGCUCAGUCGGGAUCAGCUCCUGGAAGCAUGGCCAAGCGCCAGUGAAGAUUACCAAAUACUGAUUGACGUCUCAAGUGCUGUCGCUCCGACUAUCAUCUAUCUCCACCACAUUUCCCACAUCCACCACCACCACCCCCCAAAACACAUCGACGCCCAAUCGCAUAUAUCUGAAACUCCGAGUCUGACACGACUGUACAGCAACGCUUCAUUGUUCAAGAUGGAGGCCUUGCUCUCCCUUGCCUUUGACAAUAUUGCGUCAAAAGAUGCGCAGAAGAUCCGCAAGGGCUUACGGCAAAUAGAGGGCAUGUUGGCGCAGAUAUGUUUAUCUGGAGUGAAGACAAAGCCGUCUACGCCAGGCCACCGACGGAACGCUUCCGCAAUCAACCUCGGCGAGCAGCAACAAUCCACACCAAAGAAACUUGGUCACCUGGCCGAGGAUCCCGCAUUCAGGGAGUUCUUUCGAUUGCAAGAGGGCUUCGAAUGGAACGUGGCAACAAGAGUGGCUGAUUGCCUUGAACGAUUAUUGGGCAUGGGAAGUAGUAAAGAUGGCACAAACGACAUCCUCAUACUCUCGUCAUUGUCAAAUCUUCAAGGCCUCCUCCUUCUCCAUCCCCCUUCGCGCAUCAUCUUCGGCCGCGAAGUCUACAUGAACCUCCUCCUCGACCUUCUCGACCCCUACAACUGCCCUGCCAUACAAUCGCAAGCCCUCCUCGUACUCGUCACGGCGCUCCUGGCAACUCCACAAAACACACGAACGUUUGAACAUAUGGACGGCCUGCUCACGGUUACGAGUCUGUUCAAGGAUGAGGAUACGACGCAGAAUGUCAAAGUCAAGCUACUCGAGUUUCUUUACUUUUAUCUUAUGCCGGAGAUUCCAAUAACCAGCUCUCAGCGAAGUCCUGGCAAGCUGACUGGUCCCUUGGAGCGACGAGGUAGCGCAGCGCCAGGCGAUGACGGCGGAAAAUCGAGAAAGAAUAUUCGAUCACAAGAGGACAAGCAGUAUAUGCUCGGCAAAUACCUCAGCAAUGUGGACGCCCUUGUCGAAGACCUUCAGGAGAGUGCGCCAUUCAACAGCGUUGCUUGCUGA